AUGGCUAAAUUAGAGGCAAUUUUUCUCCCACAAAUAAUCGUUUACAUCCAAAAUAUAGAUAUGGUCAUACAAAUUCUUUUCAUUAACAAAAAGUGGCAAAGAGUAAUCACAACUAUGAAGAGAAUGCCUUUGUUUAAUCCAGACCAUUUUAUGGUCGCUUCAACUAUUUUCAGUGGCGCAAAAGAAGUUUAUUUAGACCAAGAGGAAGCAACAAAAUGUGACAUCAAAGGGAAAUUCAUACGACUCUUUACACAGAAAGGGAUAAUCAAAUUGAACAUUCAAAAAGUGCUUACAGAACUUUUCAUUAACUUCAAAACGUCGUUGUGUUUGUCUCAAACGCCUCAUCUGAGAAGAAUUCAGAUCACUUUAGACAGUAACCCAGGAAAGGGUUUGAAGUUUGAAAUUCCAUUUGAAGGACAUAAAGUGUUAGUCAGAAUUAAUGCAAUCGAUCUGUCACAUGCUUAUAAACUGAUCGAGAAACUUCCAUCAUUUUGUGACGUGGUUCUCGAAGUCCAAACGUUGCGAACUCAAAAUUUGAAUGAUAUCUUAAAACGAGAAAACGUCAAAGUUUUGUUCCAUUCAUUUGGGAGUGUCAAUGGUUCACUUAUAGACUUAAAUAGAUUUAUACCUUGUGAUAUCGAAAAUUACUCGAUACAAUAUUGUGAAGACUAUAUAAUUAGCGCAAUUGUCUGUAGAGCACUCCCAUCACGUAUAACAAUUGAUUUUCAUGGUAUCACUAAAAACGUUUCUUUGGACUUUUCGAAGUCUGUGACACUCAAAUCAAUUUGUUUGCAAACACCAGAGAAGACAAACAAAAAAGUCGACUUGUCUCUCCCAUCAACUGUCACUGACAUCCAAUGUAACGACUUCAGUCCAAUUGCUAUUUUCGAAAUUCACAAACUCGAGUUAAUUGAAUUGAAUGCAGUGAACUUUGCUUCAGUGAACCUCCCAACCACAUUAGUCAAUCUAACACUACUUGGAAAUUCAAUGUUAAAAGACUACAAUUUUGUUGGUAUGCACUUCUUGACAUUUUUAUCAUUAUCAAAUUGUGUUAUGUUAUCUGAUAUAGUGAUACCAGAGUGUGUCUCAUUUUGUGACAUCUCGAGGUGCCCAAAUCUUGCACAAAUCGGCGGCAAAUUUCAUGAACAAUUAUCUAUCAGUCAUUGCCCUAAAUUAAAAGAAAUAAAAAUAGAGCCAUACGCAAUUGCACUUUCACAUUUUCAGAAUGUUAGAUUCCAAGUCCCAAGCUGCGUGAGGCAACUAAAAUUGGAAGAUAUCAAAAAGAUGUCAAAGAAACAAAGUGCUCUUACACUCGACGCACUUAAUUUAGUUGGAUCGGACUUCAAUAAUGAAAUUAUAAAACUGAUAAAAUUGUUCAUGGUGAGAACUUUCAUUUUCACUUGCUCGCAAAUUGCGCUUGAAAGUGUUGUAUCCAAAGAAACGACAAAAGUCGUGUUUAAAAGGUGUGACCUCAAUUGUGAUUUGCCGGAGAUCCCGUCAGUCACUAUCAACGAAUCACAAUCCGAAUGUCCAGUCUUAAAUUUAAGAGCAUUUAAAGUUGUUAAAACUGUAUGUUUGCAGAAAGUCACGGCGUUGUGUGACUUUGCACAUUCAGAGAUCGAAACACUCCAAUUAAAAAAAUGUCGUCUAAUGGGCAUCACUUUACCCCCAUCUUUGACUUAUUUAAAAGCUGAAAACUGUCGUUUCUCGUUUGCAAAAGACUUUUUACCUUCGACAGUACACACCGCAUUCACUAAUGUUAUCUUUAAGACGCACAAAGACCAUGUAAUAUGA